GUUUUAUUUAGGCUAUUUAAGUCGGGAUCGGUCUUCCAAAUGGGGACAUCCGUAAAAUCAGACCGCAUUUUCUCAGAUUUUCAAAGUGUACAAUGAAUCCAGUUAAUAAACAGUAUGGGCUGUUAAUGCCAAAGAAAAAACAGUCAUCUUUCAAGGUGUCCAAUAUUUUUGGAGAUGAUAGCGAUGAGGAAACACCGAAACAAGAAAUCAAUUCAAGUCUUCAGCGAUCAUCAUUACAGGCCAAAAUAAAGAGACAGACUCAGCUUGAAAUAGACAAGGCUUUGGAGGCAGAUCCUACUGUGUAUGAGUAUGACAGUAUUUAUGAUGACCUACAGGCCACAAAAGAAGAGAAAGACUCGGCUGUCAAACAGAAAAAGGACAGAAAGCCUAAAUAUAUAGCUGGGUUGCUAAAGGCAGCAGAGACAAGGAAGAGAGAGGACGAGAGGCGAGCGGAGAGAAAGGUGCAGAAAGAGAGAGAGAACGAAGGAGGGGAGUUUGAUGAUAAGGAGGUGUUUGUGACCGGAGCUUAUCGCAAAAAGAUGCAGGAAAUGCAGGAGCUAGAGGAGAAAGAAAGGAGAGAGGCAGCCAUGGAAGAUUUACUAGAUGUCAAGAAACAGAAGGACAUGAGUGGCUUUUACCGUUAUAUGUUGAAUCAACAAAGUGGUGGAGCUACCGUAGAAGACAAAACAAAGGAAGUCUCUGUGAAAGAAGAACCAGAUAGUCCCAACCAGUCCAGUUCUGGUGGCCAAGGGGAGAAAACCAGAUCAGGACCAGACAUAUCUAAAGAAAGACAAUCCUCAAAAGAAAGAAACAGAUCUUCAUCAACUGACAGAGGAAGGAGAUCUUCAUCACGUGACAGAGGAAGGAGAUCUUCAUCACGUGACAGAGGAAGGAGAUCUUCAUCGCGUGACAGAGGAAGGAAGAGCAGGGAUUCAUCUGAUGAUUCAAGGGAAAGACAGAGAGUGAGAGAGAAAACUGAAUCAAAAGAUAGGCAUAGAAAACGAAGACAUUCCCCUGAUUCACCUAAACUCAGCAGAAAGAACGCCUCUGAUAGAGACAAUAGAAAGAAAGAAAGUUCUCAUGAAAAACAAGCCAGAAGGGACAAACAGAGACAUAGAAACGAAAGUGAUUCGGAAAGUGAGGGUCCUGAUAGGGUAAGAGGGAAUCGGUCUAGAUCCAGAGAGGAGGAUAGGCACGAUAGAGAUAAAAACACUAGAAAGGAAGAGAGGAAAAAGUCUCCAGAAACGGAAACAAAAAUGGAGAAAAAGUCAGAGGAUAAACCAGAAAGCACAGAAAUAAAGAAGUCAGGGGUAGUGUCAAAGAAAACUACAGACUCUGCAGCAAGUGAAGCAAGAAAGAGAUAUUUAGAAAGGAAACUCGCAAAGGAAAGAGCAAAGCUAAAUCAGCAGGAAGGAUAAAAUUCAGUUGAAUGAUGAAUUAAUAGGAAAAUUAACAAUGAUCAUCUACUGCUUAUUUAUAAUUAGAAAAUAAAGUUUACAAAU